CAGAACGCCACGAGGCGAGCAGUCUCGAGUGAUCCCCCCUGUAGUCCCCGGCCCCGUCUCUCCGCCGCCGCCUGCAACCGCUUCACGUGCCCCUCGCAGGUCCCCUUUCCGACCCCAAAUGGAGCCGAAGAAAUCCUCCGUCCAGCGCCAGCCCCACGCCAUGGAGCCCAACAAGUCCUCUCCAUGCGGCGCCACCGCCACCGCUCCCGCCGCCACCACCGAAGCCGAGUCCCCGUUGUGCAGCUUGUUCUACCCGCCGGCGCCGGCGCCGACCGCGGCAAAUGGGAAAGAUUCGGACUUGUACAGCAUUCUUUACAAAGGGCAGAGCGGGAGCGCACAAGCUGGCGUCACAGGUAAUGGUAAACCGCAAUGGGCUCCUUCCAGAAGUCGUGCCGCGAAUGCGAAGGACGGUAAACAUUCACCGCCUUAUGACUCAGUUGAUACGUCGUGUUUUGGAUCGUCUGUGGAUUAUGGUGGUCGAGAUUAUUUCUACGGCAGCUCUACGCCCAAGAAAGUGACAGAAUCCUCCACUGACUACAAAGGGAACAAGAAAGAUCCCGCCGCAGAUUCUCAUGGCGAUUGGUGGCAAGGCUCAUUUUAUUACUAAGAGAACCCGGUGGCCUCUCCUUGGACAACAAGCUGUCCUCAGAAUUAUAUUGGAUUCUGCAUGGCAGGAACAGAAGGAGAUUCUAUUGACAGUUCUUCUGGAACAGAAGAACAGAAAGAGAAAAUAGUAUUGUCGGUGUCAUAGUGAACCCGCUUUCGUUCAGUGGUGGUGCCAUUAUCUAGAAGCAUCAUCUCAGAUGUGCAAGCAAUGAAGCUGUAGGACAGUACGAAUUAGGUCGCAUAAGGGUCCUUGUCCAUUGUACGCCAGUAAUAUGAAGGGUUUGGUGUCUAAUUAUUAGUCAAAUGUCUGUACAGUUGGAUCGUCACUCCAAAGCAAAAAAAAAGUGCUGGAGAAGCGGCGGUGGCUUCACAUUGUACAUUUUUUUUAUCGGAUGGGAUUUGACUGAAGUUUGGAGAC